UCUCCUGGGCUCCAGAGCCUGCCCUGUAGUGCAGGGGAGAGACACUCUUCAGAUGCAGCUGAAUAAAGUCCAUUUCAACCCUGUGGUGCCAAAGGAGUGAGUCCGCACCUGGGAACAACAUUGCAGCCCAGUAUCGAACCCUCUGCCACUCUGGUAGCACCACUGCAGUUCCUUUUGAGUUGACAUCAGUGGGAGAGAGGAGGAUCCUUAUGGUAUGUGACAGGAUGCAGAGUGACUAAGCUGAAAGCAAGGUGGCACCUUAGAUACUACUUGAUUCAAAGGCAGAGAUUUUGUAGAGGAUGGCAUACUUCACCAAAUGAAAGCCUAUGCCUCUGAACAAGCUUCUCUCUCUCUCAGCCCUUUCCUCUGCCUGACUUCAGACCAAUGUGGCUCACAGCUCUCUAUACUCCAGACUGAUUCUAGAGAAUGGCUGAGGAGCAGGGAGCAUGAGAUUAUCCAUCGCAUUUCUUAGUGUCCUAGCCUUGAAGGUGCCGUCCCUUUCCAUUCCUCAUUGUUACCUGUUGGCCAUUAUUCAUCUUUGCAUCUGUAUUUGUAGUGGAACUCUCAUCUUUUGUGUCAGAGCGGCAGUAAAAGUAUUGUACAGCGGGAGCCCAACCUUUCCCAUUUUCUGUUUUCAUGCAAGGAUGGUUCUACAUAGGUAGCAAUGAACAGGAAGCAAGACUGACAGAGAAAAACGUAAAUGUUCACAGCCUUGCAGGUCAGACUUCAGCCUCAAAUGGACAAGGAAUUGGAAUCAAGCAGCUUUGGCGAUGAGUUGUUUCCUCCGUUUUCUGGUUCCUUUGCCAGGGGAGGAGAUGGGGCUGGCUUGUCAAAAUCAAGGUGUGGAGUAGAGGAAAUGUUGCUUUGCUUGUAGCACAGCCACUGUCCCAUUUCUAAAAUGUUUUUAAUCAGAAUGUUGCUUAUGGGAGUCUCUUUCCUGUUAUUUUGCAAUCCCAUAAUUGUGCAGCAAUUUGCCAAGGAAACAUGCUGUACAUGUGCUUACUAUUGUUAGGGACCAAAAGGACAAAACCUUAAGAAUUAGGUACAUGUAAAGACUGUAGUUCCGUGGUUUAAUAUUCUGUAAAACAAGUCAUAUUUUUUACCAACCAAUGUGGAUAUUGUCUCAAGCAUAGCUCCUGCUGUACUGCACUUUGCUUAACUUGGUUGGAAAGAUGUCUUCAAGUUGAGUCCUGAUUAGUGAUAGCACAUGUACACGCCAGCGUGAGGGACUGCUAGUAAGCACUCUGUCCAAGCUGUAUUAUGAAGUAUUAUUUCAGUUAAUAGUACAUUUUAUUUUUGGAUAAACAUUACACUGGUCUCUUUAUUAUUUGAAUUCAAAACUAUAUGUAGGGGUUAUUUUCUUUUUCCUUUGCACCUGUGUCAUUCAUCUCUGAUCUCUACUUUUUCUGUAUCAUUGGUUUGUACUUUCAUUUGAACUGCAGUGGUUAUUUGUAUUCUGGCUGUAGUGAAGCAUGCAUGCUUACUCUGUGACUAUUUCUCUGCUUGGUACUUAGCUAGCUCUUGCUGUCAUACUGUACUGCUGUACAAUGUCAUGAGAAUAGUACUACUUUAUGGUAGAAUUUAGCUGAACUCAAAACCCCCAAUAAAAUCCUAGUGGAAAAGCCACCGUCAUAUCUCUAUCUUUGACCUUGACACCCUUCUAUUUUGUCCUGCCCAAAUUUCCAAGAGUCUAAAAACUUAGAAAUUACCUAAAAAAUGUUUUCAAAACUUCAGUCAUCAAAGACAUUAGUAAUUACGGCAGAUGCAGGUAGUUUCAUUCUGCCAACUAUAGUAGGCCGAGAGCUGAAUAUAGCUCUGAAACUUCUUCGACAUGGCAGGUGGCAGGCGGUGAGGAAUGCAAAUACAGUUCACAACUGGAGCUGUGGAAGUGCUAGCUCAGUGACAGUGCCAGAAACUCUGUUGUUUGUUUCAACUCUUGAUGGAAGUUUGCAUGCUGUCAGCAAGAGGACAGGGGCAAUCAAGUGGACUUUAAAAGAAGAUCCUGUGCUCCAAAUGCCAAUACAUGUGGAAGAGCCGGCAUUUCUUCCAGACCCGAACGAUGGCAGUUUGUAUACCCUUGGUGGCAAGAAUAACGAAGGCUUGACUAAACUUCCAUUCACCAUCCCUGAGCUGGUGCAGGCAUCGCCUUGUCGCAGUUCGGAUGGGAUCCUAUACAUGGGUAAGAAGCAAGAUAUCUGGUAUGUGAUAGACCUCCUGACUGGAGAGAAACAGCAAACCUUAACUUCUUCAUUUGCAGAAAGCAUUUGUCCAUCUACAUCUCUCCUGUAUCUUGGGCGAACAGAGUACACAAUCACCAUGUACGAUACCAAAAACAAGGAGCUCCGGUGGAAUGCCACCUACUUUGAUUAUGCAGCCACUCUGCCUGAUGAAGACGUGAAAUACAAAAUGUCCCACUUUGUGUCCAAUGGAGAUGGACUGGUAGUGACUGUGGACAGUGAGUCUGGGGAUGUACUGUGGAUUCAGAAUUAUGCUUCCCCUGUGGUAGCUUUUUACAUCUGGCAGCGUGAAGGUCUACGGAAAAUCAUGCACACAAAUGUGGGGAUAGAAACCCUUCGUUACCUGACAUUCAUGUCCGGGGAGGUUGGACGCAUCACUAAGUGGAAGUAUCCUUUCCCAAAGGAGACAGAGACCAAGAGCAAGUUGAUGCCAACACUCUAUGUUGGGAAAUACUCAACCAGCUUGUAUGCAUCCCCAUCAAUGGUACAUGAAGGAGUGACUAUUGUGCCUCGUGGCAGUGCCAUACCUCUUCUAGAGGGUCCCAAAACAGAAGGGGUCACUAUUGAAGACAAUGGAGAAUGUGUUAUCACUCCCAGUACAGAUCUCAAAUUUUCAGCGGGAUUGAAAGAAAAGAACAAACUCAACUACUGGAGGAACCACUGGCUCUUAAUAGGGCACCAUGAAACACCAUUAUCUGCCCCGACAAAGAUCCUGGAGAAAUUUCCAAGCAAUUUACCAAAACGGCAUGAAAAUGUGAUCCCAGCUGACUCUGAUAAAGCCACUUUUGAGAAGGUUCUUGGUGUAGUUGAGAGUUCCACAACAGAAUUGCCUCCUACCACGCUAAAAGACGUUGAAGAAAAGCCCAGUCGGCCUGUACCUCGGCCAGAGGCUCCAGUAGAUUCCAUGCUGAAAGAUGUUGCCACAGUCAUUCUGAGCACUUUUUUGCUGAUCAGCUGGGUAGCCUUUGUCAUCACCUAUCCAAAGAGUGUACAUCAGCGGCAACAGCAACAACAUCAGCAGUUCCAGAAGCAACUGGAGAAGAUCCAGCUGUUGCAGCAACAGCAGCUGCCCUUCAGUGCUUCUGCUGAUCUCCCACCAGAGACAGACUUUCUGGACAACGCCUGUGCACAGACUGAGAGUUCAGCCACCAGUACACCAAAUAUGUCUCCCAGAGCAUCAAACCACUCCGUAUAUUCCAAUGCAUCUGCAUCCGAUGUUGGCAGUGGUCUCUCCACCGAGCAAGAAGGAGAUGAAGAUACAAGCACAGUAAUGGUUGGGAAGAUUUCCUUCAACCCAAAAGAUGUCCUGGGGCAUGGAGCUGAGGGAACAAUUGUUUACAGGGGGACGUUUGACAACAGAGACGUUGCAGUGAAGAGAAUCCUUCCUGAAUGCUUCAGCUUUGCUGACCGUGAGGUGCAACUGCUACGCGAGUCAGACGAGCACCCCAAUGUGAUCCGCUACUUCUGCACAGAGAAGGACCGGCAGUUCCAGUACAUUGCCAUUGAGCUCUGCGCUGCCACCCUGCAGGAGUACGUGGAGCAGAAAACCUUCAGCCACCGUGGCUUAGAGCCUAUCACCCUGCUGCAGCAGACAACAUCUGGCCUGGCCUAUCUGCACUCUCUCAGUAUUGUCCACAGAGACCUGAAACCCCACAAUAUCCUCAUUUCAAUGCCCAAUGCCCAUGGGAAGAUCAAAGCCAUGAUUUCAGACUUUGGCCUGUGUAAGAAGCUGGCGGUGGGCAGGCACAGCUUUAGCCGUCGGUCUGGGGUGCCAGGCACAGAAGGCUGGAUUGCGCCGGAGAUGCUGAGUGAAGACUGCAAAGAAAACCCUACGUACACAGUGGACAUCUUUUCAGCUGGCUGUGUCUUUUAUUACGUCAUAUCUGAAGGCAGCCACCCCUUUGGCAAAUCCCUGCAGCGGCAAGCCAACAUUUUGCUGGGUGUUUACAGUCUGGACUCCUUCAGCCCAGAGAAGCAUGAAGACUUGGUUGCUCGUGACUUAAUCGAGCAGAUGAUUAACAUGGAUCCUCAGAAACGUCCAUCGGCUAGUUGUGUGCUGAAGCACCCACUCUUCUGGAGUCUGGAAAAACAGCUCCAGUUUUUCCAGGAUGUAAGUGACCGAAUAGAAAAAGAAUCCUUAGAUGGUCCAGUAGUCAAGCAGUUAGAAAGAAGAGGGAGAGAGGUGGUGAAAAUGGACUGGAGAGAGCACAUUACGGUUCCCCUUCAGACAGAUCUUCGAAAAUUUAGAUCUUACAAAGGGGGAUCAGUGCGGGAUCUUCUGCGGGCAAUGAGAAAUAAGAAACACCACUACCGAGAGCUUCCCACCGAGGUGCAGGAGACGCUGGGCACCAUCCCAGAUGACUUUGUACGCUAUUUUACAUCCCGUUUCCCUCGCUUGCUCUUACACACUUACCAUGCUAUGCAGAUCUGCAGCCAGGAAAGACUGUUUCAGCCUUACUAUGUUCAGGACGCCGCAGGUCAGGGACUGGUGGGAGAUGCUGUUUGAGAGGGUGGGGACAGAGCUCCCUUCUCCGUGACCAACAUUCCAAACAGGCUGUAAAAUGGGCCCGUCUCUAAGCAGAGACUCAUGGGAUCAAAGAGCAAAACGUCUCCCUGAGGAACCCAUACGCCCAGAAAGUGCCUUGUAUUCUGCACACGCUGCAUCAGGAAGAGGACGGGAGGAGCCCAAGGAGCGAGCGGUACCUUCAGAAAGGCGGGGUCCCGCAGCAGAGGAGCCGUCUCACGGCAGCUUUUGAGAAAGCAGGAUGGACUGCAAAUGGCCAGAUGGAAACACAGUUCUACUGCUGAACAUCCCUGCACUGUAUUUUAUUCCAUUCAUGCCUUGUACUGCACACAGCCAGACCACAGCAAUCCGAAUCAUGCGAUGACUAGGCACUAGGAGGAAAAGGAGCUGUUUAGUUGUAGCAAACCUGCCAUUGCACUACUGCUGCCUUGUGCAUUAGAAGCAGCAUCUUAGAUUCAGUGAAGUGAUUGUAAAGGGAAUCAUCUACCAAAAUCCAAAACCAGUAAAGAGAAUGUAAUUUUUGCUUAAUCAGUGCAACUCUCACACAUCAGCCCCUGAAUCUGGAGUUGUCGGAAUAAAGUCAGAAAUUAACAAUGGGAGACAUGCCCCCCCCACAAGAACUCUAGUAUGGCUGUACCUAAUAAGUGCCAUACUAGGUAGAGCAUCAAGCAUGUGUUCACGCAAGGGCACGGACAGUGUUUGGCUUAGGUAAGAGUGUUAGGAAUUGCUCUGCAGCCGGAGAUACAUGCUCCAUUCAGGUCAGUUUCCAAGUUCUUUGCAAGCAAGAGGCCAGAGGCUGGGGUGCUGGGCACAGUCAUCUGGCUGACUCUGUUUUGGCUUUCUUCCUACUGACCCACAGACAGUGUGACACCAUCUGGGAAAAAAAGCUAAAGAUAAACCACUGUCAAAAAUAAGAGUAGUAAAACUAUGGCUAACAGUAGUAGGAGGGGAGACAAAGUAGUAACAAAUAAUGGAACCACAUUUCGUGUACGAGUGGAGUAUAGGUUAUGUCUGCGGGAAGUCUACAUUCUCUUUACCGUCUCAGAGGAUGCAGUAUUCCUUUUCAGUAGCCCUGAAGCUGUGACAAGCAUUAAAUGUGCACAAAGCAUUAAGUGCUGGGGACUGAUGUGCCAUGCGUGGUCUUCUUUUACAAUGUAUUUAUUUAACAUAUUUAUAUUUAUUUAAAUUUUUGCAAGACGGUCUCAGAUGUCAGUGGUAUGGACACAGCUGCCAAAGCCUGUUUUUCUUAAGAAGAAAAAUACUUCUUGUGUUUGUUUGUUGACUAUAUUUUAAAAUAACUGGACAAGGAAAAGCUAUACUGCAUCUUUCAGUGGAACUAUCUUGUCUGUUCCUGUUGGGUACAUCGUAAGAUCAGGGGAAACUUAAUUUGUCUAGUUGUACCAUUAUGUCUUAAAUGAGUAAAUUAUUGAUGGUUACUUGUGACUAAACAUACUGUAGCAAUGCCCAGCCAUACCUGGCUGGAGCCUACGUUACUGGGAGGUUCUUUCUGAUUUUGCAUUGUCUGAAAGUAGAUCUCUGAUAUGAUGCCAAAUUGUGCAAGUUACACAUUUCUAAAGCUUGAAAAAAGUAGUUUUACUUAAGAAUUCAAAACCUAUUUCACAUUUUUGUACCUCUGUUGUACAGUUCUUUUAUAAUUCUACUCAAUAACAAUGACUUGUACUCAAAUUCAAGUAGACCUAGAA